AUGCAAGUUUUGGUUGCAGUCAUCGGGGCCGUGGUGGACGUGCAGUUCGACAAGCACCUACCACCGAUCCUAAACGCACUCGAAGUUCCCGGACGUAACGAGCGGGGGCCAAUCGAAACCGACUCCUUCGCCCCUAUACACGCGGACGCUCCGCCCUUCGUGGAGAUGUCCGUGGAGCAGGAGAUCCUGGCGACCGGCAUCAAGGUGGUUGACUUGCUGGCGCCCUACGUCAGAGGUGGCAAGAUCGGCCUCUUUGGAGGGGCCGGUGUCGGGAAGACUGUGCUCAUCAUGGAACUUAUCAACAACGUUGCGAAGGCGCACGGAGGCUUCUCGGUGUUCGCCGGCGUUGGUGAGCGGACCCGUGAGGGUAACGACCUCUACAACGAGAUGAAAGUGGGCGGCGUCAUCACCGACGACUACAAGACGUCCAAGGUUUCGGAUUCUGGGUUACUCAGACGGCUUUUGGUGGCGCUGGUGUACGGUCAGAUGAACGAGCCGCCCGGCGCCAGGGCUCGCGUCGCCCUCACCGGGCUCACGGUGGCGGAGCACUUCCGCGACAAGGAGGGCCAGGACGUGCUGCUGUUCAUCGACAACAUAUUCCGAUUCACGCAGGCUGGCUCUGAGGUGUCAGCUUUGCUGGGCCGCAUACCCUCAGCGGUGGGCUACCAGCCGACCCUGGCCACCGACAUGGGCACCAUGCAGGAGCGUAUCACCACCACCAAGGCGGGCUCCAUUACUAGUGUACAGGCGGUGUACGUCCCCGCCGACGACCUCACCGACCCGGCGCCCGCCACCACGUUCGCCCACCUCGACGCCACCACGGUGCUGUCGCGCGCCAUUGCCGAGCUGGGCGUGUACCCAGCCGUGGACCCGCUGGACUCCACGUCGCGAGUGAUGGACCCGCACAUCAUCGGGCCGGAGCACUACGGCGUCGCGCGCGGGGUGCAGAAGAUCCUGCAGCACGGUGGGGCCACGUGGCGGCCUCUGCUGGUGCAAGAUCCGAGGAAUAACAACGUCCCCACAAGAGACCGGCGUGAUGUGGAAAUGUUAUACGUUUACGCGUUGCCACCUGAUGAUUGUUUUGAA